CAUAGCGGCGCCGUUGCUCCUGCUGCUGCUGCUCCGGGCUGACAGGGGACAUGCAGUCUCCCUCGCAGGCUGCGAAGAUGGAGGAGAAAGCAGAGGAGAAAGCUGAGGAGAAAGCGGAAGAGCCGCAGGAUGCGGCGGACGACGACGACGAAGACGACGACGAAGACGACGAGGAUUACGGAGACGAGGAUGACGACGACGAGGACGACGAGGACGAGGGAGGAGGAGUAGGCACCAGGGGGGCUCGGCGGAGGCGCCGCAAGUCAGUCCAUCCCGACUCCGGAUUCAAACUCGAUUCCGCCGUGUCUGGCUCCGAAGCGGGGCUUGAAACCGAAGCGGGGAGCGGGGAGCAAUCCGAGCAGGAUGGCAAGAGUCCAGCCCUGAUGGGCCCUUACUUUUUAGCCUGGACUCCCGAAGAGGUGGCCGAGUGGAUCGAAGCGCUGGGAUUCCCCCAGUACAAGGUAAACAGAGUUGGCUUUGCAGCGCAGGGAGACAGCAGGAUGCAUGCAGGAUGGGACCAUCACGAUGGUACAGUAUAUGGAAGAAGGAAGUUCAGGGUGAGGGGAGGGGAGUUUUCCUGAUAUGACAAAGCGAAGAAAGGUUACCCUGAGCAUGUGUAGAGUGCACUUCAGUCACCCAAAUGGAUGCUUUUGUAACACACUUUUGUUAUUCUUCUGAUUUGUAAUUGCAUUGUUUUGAAUUAGAGACAUGUAUCCUAGAAGGUCACACACACACAAAAUGAAAAUAAUCCUGACCAACCUUCACGUAUAGCAGCAUUGAUUUAUUGAAUGUAUUUAUAUCCUUCCUCUCAAAGAAGCCCAGGGCAGCAUACAUGAGAAGACAUUCAGCUGUUUGAGCCCAGCUACACAAACUUGACAUGAGCCAACAGUGUGACACGGCAGCUAAAAAAGCCAAUGCAAUUCUGGGCUGCAUCAAUAGGAGUAUAGCAUCUAGAUCAAGGGAAGUAAUAGUGCCACUGUAUUCUGCUCUGGUCAGACCUCACCUGGAGUACUGUGUCCAGUUCUGGGCACCACAGUUCAAGAAGGACACUGACAAACUGGAACGUGUCCAGAGGAGGGCAACCAAAAUGGUCAAAGGCCUGAAAACGCUGCCUUAUGAGGAACGGCUAAGGGAGCUGGGCAUGUUUAGCCUGGAGAAGAGGAGGUUAAGGGGUGAUAUGAUAGCCAUGUUCAAAUAUAUAAAAGGAUGUCACAUAGAGGAGGGAGAAAGGUUGUUUUCUGCUGCUCCAGAGAAGCGGACACGGAGCAAUGGAUCCAAACUACAAGAAAGAAGAUUCCACCUAAACAUUAGGAAGAACUUCCUGACAGUAAGAGCUGUUCGACAGUGGAAUUUGCUGCCAAGGAGUGUGGUGGAGUCUCCUUCUUUGGAGGUCUUUAAGCAGAGGCUUGACAACCAUAUGUCAGGAGUGCUCUGAUGGUGUUUCCUGCUUGGCAGGAGGUUGGACUCGAUGGCCCUUGUGGUCUCUUCCAACUCUAUGAUUCUAUGAUUCUAUUCUAUGAUUCUACACUUCUGUGAAUUGUUGGACCUUUGUUAUAUUUAAUUAAACGCCACCAGUUUAUGUUAGUUGGAGAAAUAAAUAAAAGGUUUUGCCACUUGUCAUACAUACCACAUGCUAUGUAAUUAUGCAGUUUUGUUGUUGCUGAUUUGUUUCUUGUUUUGUUGUAAUUAGGAGUGUUUUACUGCAAACUUUAUCUCUGGUCGCAAACUCAUCCAUGUAAAUUGUUGUAAUCUACCACAGAUUGGGAUAACUGACUUUGAGCAUAUGAAGGUAAGAGCACAUACUGCAACUGGAUCUUCCUUGUAGAUGGACAAGUGAUAUGGGCAUAUGCACUUUUGUAGAGACUAGAUUUUUUUCUCUGGUUACUUCUGUUUUAUUAUACACCAGGUGCUUCCAUGGUAGAUUUUGCCACAGUGGAGAGAGAGCUGAAUAAUACCAUUUUUUGGCAGAAGAUGAACUGUGGCAGAACAGAAACAGUGCUGCAUGUAACGAUUGCAGAAUAGGAAAGAAAGCAAUGCUUUCUUACAUCCUGAGAACAGGAGGUUGGACUAGAUGGUACUUCGGCCUGAUCCAGCAGGGCUCUACUUAUGUUCUUAGGAUUGCAAUAUUAAAUCAGUAAAAUCUGUUUAUUACUGCUGGGUCCUGUCUCCUAAAACUAUUGAUAUUAUAAGCUUAUAGCUAAAACUAAAGCUUUGUUAUAUGAUACUAGAUAGCUCCCUGUGUUUAGAAAUUCCUGUACAUGACAUAAAAUAGCAGCAGCCAUGGUAAUUUUGGAAACCAUCAAAAGAAACUGCUUCAACUAACUGAAAUUGCAUUUUAACUUUCCUAUACUAAGUCAUACUCCAUCUAGCCCAGUGUUAUCUACUCUGAUAACAGUUCUCCUAGUUCUCAGUGAGAAGUUUUCUCCAUUGCUUGCUACACAGGAUACAUUUAAGAAAAGAUGCCAAGAACUGAAACUGGGAUCUUCUAUAUGUGUAACGUGUUUUAGCAUGGAGCCAUGGUCCCUUCCUUCUCUUGCUGUUUUAUUAUGGGAUACAAGGAUAAAAACAGGACAAAAAAUUUAAUACACUUAUUUUCCUAAUGGAGAUGCUUUUCUUAAGACUUCCUUUUGCUUUUCAGGAAAUUUCACGACAUAUGCGAGAAUUGCUGGAAAUAGAGGAGCCCCCCUUUGUCAGAAGCAUCUCUCUCCCCCGCAGAGAUAAUAUGGGUUUGUUUCUGGAGCAGAAAUCGCGGACUGGAAAACGAAGUGAUGCCCUUACCUAUUCUCAGUUUAUCGAAGACUCAGGAUUACGUGACUAUGAGCCAGCACCACCACAGGAUGGAAGUUCAUGGAAUGGAAGUUCACAAUAUAAAAGUUUACGGCGAAGUAGCUCGCGGCGGACCAGCUCGCGGCGGAGUAGUUCGCGGCGAACUAGUUCACAGCAGGCCAGCUCACAUCAAGCUAGUUUACAGCAAGCUAGCUCACAGGAAAUGAGCUCACAACAUGGUAACUAAUAUUCCCAAAAGAAAUAAAUUGGGUUUUUUAACACUA